UUUACCACGAGGUUUAUGUACCUGGUACGGGAGAAGCGACUGCAAAAGCCCCAUGGCUACUGUUCCCUAGGUCUGAGAAGAAUAGUAAGACUCUCGUAACAAUAGUUGAGGGAUUAAAACGUACACGAUGGCUGUCAUAGGCAGCUCGAUGGGCUUGCCUUCCGCCCUCGAAGUGCUUUCCUCAAGAAUGUUUGGCAUUGUCCUUGUUCUAGUGCUUGCGUCCGGUAUCGCGGCGUUGGUAGCAGACUACGCUCGAAUGCUGAGACUGCACAAGAAGAUGCCACCUGGUCCCAUGCCGCUUCCAAUAAUUGGCAAUACUCAUCUGCUUCCCAAGAACAAGCCAUGGAUCUACUUCGAGGAGUUGUCAAAGUCUCUCAACAGCCCAGUGAUUACCUUCUGGAUUGGCAGGAGUCCCACGGUCUGGAUUAACGAUGCCUGGUCUGCCUCAGAGCUUCUCGACAAGAAAGCCCAGAUAUACAGCUCACGUCCACGAAUGGUCGUGUUCGCCGAGCUGACCGGCAUGGGACAGUCAUCGGAUCCGCAUGCCAAAGUGCCUGGCUCCAAUCUGGUCACGAUGUACUACGGAGAUCGAUGGCGGGUGCAUCGCAAGAUUACCCACAUGGGAGUCGGUCUCCAGCAAGUGAGGAAGUACCGCCCCUUUCAGAACGAUGAGAGUAAGGUGGUUGCGUACGAGCUCCUGCGGACGCCUGAUAAAUAUGUGGCGCACUUUGAACGUUAUGCCGCUUCCGUUGUCUCCAUUAUUGGGUUCAAUCGACGAGUUUCGGGCAUCACCGAUCCGAUCAUCACCGAGGUCAUUGCCGUUAUGCAGAAGGCGGCGGAGCUCAACGUGCCCGGCAAGUCUUUCCCGAUGCUGUUCGAGACGUUCCCUUACCUCUCACAUCUUCCACCGAAGUGGUUUCCUUCGCUGUUCGGAGGCUUGGGAAGGCGUCGGCGUGGCCAGGACUUCUUCUACGCUCUGGCCGAAGAAGCGCACCAGAAGGAUCCAGAUGCCGUCUGCUACGCGAACCAGCUGUUCGAUGAGGGUCCCAAAUACUCGCUACGGAAGGAUGAAAUCUCUUCGCUCGCCGGCAAUCUUUUCGGAGCUGGCAGUGACACCUCGAGUUCCACGCUGAUCACGUUCGUCCUGGCUUGUUGCGCAUUCCCGGAGACGUUACCGAAGGCUUGGGAGGAGAUAGACCGCGUGGUAGGUCAUCACCGGAGUCCGUCGUGGGAGGACGAGCCGGAAUUGGUGUACACCAAAGCCUUGGUCAAAGAGGUCUUCAGGUGGCGAAGCGUAGCGAUCAUCGGUGGACAGCCUCAUGCGCCAGUUUCAGACGAUGAGUGGAACGGCUACAUCAUUCCAAAAGGGACGUGGACGCAGGGCAAUGUAUGGGCGAUCCACCACAAUGCCCACGAGUUCCCAGAGCCAGAUCGGUUCAAUCCGGAACGUUUCAUGAGAGACAGUUCCGAAGCCAGGCCGUUCCCGAACGAGAAAGGCUACAUGACUUUCGGCUGGGGUCGAAGGGUGUGCUCCGGGCAGGGUCUGGCCGAACAGGGAACUUUCAUCACCAUUGCAAGGCUGCUUUGGGCGUUCAAUAUCCAGAAGGCGCUCGAUACGCAAGGGAAGGAGAUUCCUGUCGACAUCUUCGCUUAUACAGAUGGCCUGAAUAUGCGGCCGCAGCCGUUCGAGUGCCGCUUCACAGUGCGCUCACCUGAAAUCCAUGAGGCUGUAAUGCGUGAAGGCCGGGAAGCGCUGGAGAACUUGUCGGUGUAUGAGGGUGAGUCAGGAAGGGUCGGAGAGUUUUUCAAGCAAACCAAGCACGAGGCGUAAGUCGUUUGCGACUGUGAGUGGAGGAAAGUUUUCAGCUUGGCGGGCAGCCCGAUGUCUAUUCCUCCCACUUC